AUGGGAGACCGAGCCCCACCAACACUCCAGCAGCUAUCAAGAGAGAGCCUACUGAAGGAGGAGGCCUUGGCCAUUUCUGCUGUUGUGGCGGGCCUGCCCCGGUUGAUGUUGCCAGCCAUGUUUUUUGAGGGGGCCUUCAGGAACAAUCAGACCAACAUCCUGCGGGCCAUGGUACCUGCCUGGCCAUUCACAUGCCUUCCUGUAGGAGCCCUGAUGAAGACCCCACACCUGGAGACUUUGAAGGCUCUGCUUGACGGACUAGAUGUGCUGAUGACAGAGGAGGCUUGCCCCGGAGUUGGGAAACUCAGAGUGCUGGCUUUGACAGAUGUGGACUCUGGUUUCUGGAGCAUAUGGACUGGGACGUAUGAAAAGGACUGCUGUCAUCAGGACACGAGACCGAAGAAGCCAGUGGAGAAGUGUCCUUACUCAGGGGUGAAGAACUAUUUGAGCUUAGUAACCGACCUCAAACUUGUCAACAGCCAACUCGGUGAGUGUGCCAUGUACUUGUGGCGAUGGGCCCAGCAGAGAAAAGGUUCUGUUCACUUAUGCUGUCGGAAGCUUGAGGUUUUGGAAUCCUAUUAUUUGUCCGAUGCCAUGGACAUCUUGCGGUCGGUAGAUCUCCGGUGUAUACGUGAGCUGAAGGUAAGAACUUUAUGGAUAGAAGACAUGGUUCCUUUUGGACCAUACCUGGGACAGAUGAGAAACCUUCACACACUCGUGCUGGAACGCUUCAUGAAUACUUUCAGGAUCGGUGAGGCUGAAGAGCUGGAAAAGGACGUGAUGAACACAUUGUUCUCACAGUUACCCAAAUUGCACUGCCUCCAGCAUCUCUACGUAGAUGAUAUUUAUGUUCUGGUUGGCAGCGUGGCACAGUGGCUCGGGUGCCUGAAGAAGCCCCUGGAGACCCUGUCUAUCACUUUCUGUCACCUCAUACAGAGAGACCUGGAUUACCUGCCCCAGUGCCUGAACCUUUCUGGGCUCAAGCAUCUCUGCCUGAGUCAGACGAUUCUCGAAGAGGGGUUGGAACCACUCGGAAAGCUCCUCGAGAGAGUCAAAGACACCUUGCAAACUCUGGAUUUGGAGAAAUGUUGGCUGGAGGAUUCUGCAUUUAGUGCUUUUGUGCCUGCCCUGAGCCAAUGUUCCCAGCUCCUCAGGAUCAACUUUUUCAGUAAUAAACUGUCUCUGCCCCUCCUGAGGCGACUCCUUCACCACACAGCCAAACUGCACAAGCUAACGGAGGAGCUAUACCCUGUCCCUCUGGAGUGCUAUGACGAUAGAGGCCUAGUGUUUCGAGAGACAUUUGACGAAAUCUGUUCUGAGCUUCUGGAUAUACUCAGGUGCGAAAGACAGCCCAAGGCAGUCAGGUUUGUGUCCACCAUCUGCCCUAAAUGUUAUCAGUGCUUUGUCUACGGCCUGGACAGUGGACAUCAUUGCCUUUGCGGGCCAUAA